GUGGGGAGGGCGCGCCGGUGUUCUGGGGAGGGGAGAGGGCACAGCUGGGUCUGGAGGGUGACCUGGCGUGGGUGAUCGCUCGGGUGAUCGUGGCCGGUUUAGGAGUUGUUCAGCAGCGGGCCGUGCUGCUCUGGAAGAGCCGCAUGACUGCGUGCCCUGGCCUGGCGUGUCCCCCUACGGGCAGCCUCGUUAAUGUGAAUAAACAUCUAAAGAAAGGGUUCCAAGAGGACGGAGCCAGGCUCUGCUCGGUGAUGCCAAGUAAUAGGACAAAAGGCAUUGGGCAGAAAUUGAUGCACAGGAAGUUCCUCUUGGAUAUGAGGAGGAACUUCUUUACUGGCAUAGAUAAAUUUGGUGUAUAAAAAUAUUUCUGGUGUCCAUGCAGCAUUUCACUGACUUAGGUUGAAAAGGCUCCUACUCAUCAUAUGAUACAGAAAACCUGGUACAGAUCUUGGACAGUACUUGGAGGUUGUUUGACCACAUUUUGAAUUGCAAUAAGUGUUUGAACACAGCGCAUGUCUAAGUAUGCAGUCUGCUAAUAUGCUUCUGAAAAAAAUAGUAAGAAGUUCUGUCCUUCCAGUUGCUGCACAACAUGGGAUGAAAAGGGAUUUGUUUCCACUCAGUAGAACUCUGAGUUUAUCACUUUGUCUGAAGCAGGACAACUCAUGCAAACCCUCAGAAAAACUAGAUUUAGAUGCAUGGAAGAAGGUAAUGAAGUCUGGGUUGCAAGAAGAGGUCAGUGAGACGGUCUCUGAGCCUCAGGAGCUUUCCAGUUUGGCUGCUGCACGUGAGACUUUGGAGAUGUGGAGACUAGCUGGCAAAUUAGUUCCAGAAAAUGUCAGUGAAGAACAGCUAAAAACGUUUAUGGAGUGUCCUUCCAAGUCAGCCAAAAAGAAGUAUUUAAAGUUUUUGUAUCUCAAAGAACUUUACAAGAAAAAUGACAAAAGAAAGAUGGAAGAGAAAAGGGAAAGGAAGCUGGAACCACAAGAGCAAACUUCAAAAAUGGAUGAAACCAAAAAGAGUCCGUUUUUAUCUUUGUGGGCCAGCACUAUGGAUAAAGCCUACAACUGGAGGGCUGCUCAGUCCAUGAUCUUUGGCCAGCCUCUGAUAUUUGACAUGUCUUACGAAAAAGAAAUGUCUGUCCGAGAAGUUGCAAACACAGUGAAACAGCUGGUCCAGAGUGAAGGCUGCAAUCGGAGGGCUGUGGAUCCAUUCCACAUCCACUUCUGUAACUUCAAGGAUGAUAGCCUCUAUCAUAGGGAAUUUCUUAAGCAUUAUAAAGAGGCAUGGGGCAAGCUGCUUAUCACUGUGACAGAGCAGUGCUACACAGAAGUCUUUCCAAAGGAUAAGCUCAUCUAUCUGACAGCUGACUCUCCCAAAGUGAUGAAAACAUUUGAUCACGAUAAAAUCUAUAUUGUCGGGUCGAUGGUUGACAAGAGCAUAAAAACAGGAGUCUCUUUAGCACGGGCGAAGCGACUGGGAUUGGAAACUGCAGCCCUUCCGCUGGAUAAAUACUUGCUUUGGAAUACUGGUGGCAAAAAUCUUACACUGGAUCAAAUGAUGAAUAUUUUAUUAACCUUGAAAGAUACUGCCGACUGGAAGAAGGCUCUGGAGUUUGUUCCAAAAAGGAAAUAUCGUGGCUUUGUAACCAAGCCUGUAAGUGAACUGAAAAAAACCUUAGACCUGGUGAACACGCUUAAACUUGGAAAGAGACAGGAAGAAGUACAAAAGCAAUUUGCCAAGAACUACCCUAAGAAGUAUAAACUAAAGCAAAAGUAGAGUGAUGGAAAAGAGAAUGACUUUUUUUUUUUUUUUACAGGCAAACUGUGCCCUUUAAUGCUCCAGUUUCUUGGGACAUUUAAAACUCUGUUCAGCUCUUUAUCUCAAAACAUGUCUUUGUUGCUUAAGUUUGAAAUGACUGCUGUUAGGGUUGCCUUUUUUUUUUUAAUUACCUUAGUAGUCCAGCUGUUUAAAUUUAUGCACACAUUAUUGAAAUUAUGUAAGAGAAAUGAGAUAAUAUGUUCUAAAAAAAUUACUCUGCACAAAGAAUAUCAGUCCGUUCUGUUGAACCAUGCUGGGACAAGGGUGAUUGUAACUGAAUGCAAAGGUCAUUCUUCAGAGAACACCUCCCUGCUUUCGAUUUGCAGUGGUUGGAGGCUGUCUAUAGUUUUAUGCUAAAAGAUUACUAAGAUGAAGUAGAAGAGACCUCCCCAUUACUUCCUGGAUCUUCUUUUAGUGUGCAGAUGCAUUGACUUUUGGAUGCUGAACUAAAAACAAAUGGGAAAAACCUUGCUUGAGUUUGUGGAGCUGCCCAUUUUAUUUCUAGAUGUUCUGUCUGGCACAGAUCAAGUCCCUGUUUGAAAGGAAUAAAUCAAAUUUCUUGACCGUGCAAAAAAAAUAAAAAGCUUUUAUCCCCAA